AUGGGGGACGAUCCUGGGAGGCUUUAUCGUUUGGAUGGAGUUGCUCAUAUCGCCGGGGUGAUCAACGACGAGCCUCGGCGUUGCAUAUCCAGCGUUAGGCGGCAGCAGGGGAUGCGUCUUGAUGAGAGGUACGUUCCGUACUUGCAGAUGGCCGGCUUGUACCAUCUUGCGAGACUGAACGACAGAUGGUUUCAACUAGACGAGCCCCUAGUCAGUGCAUUCGUCGAGAGGUGGCGGCCUGAGACGCACACCUUCCACAUGCCGUUCGGAGAGUGCACCAUCACGCUUCAGGACGUCGCAUACCAGCUGGGGUUGCCAGUUGACGGACAUUACGUCAGUGGUUGUCUGACAGACUUCCACCUUUACAUUGAGGGUGGGAGGCCUGCCUGGCAGUGGUUCCAUGAGUUACUUGGUGUUUUACCUCCCGAGAACCAAGUUCAGAAAUUCGCAGUGAACUGCACCUGGUUCCAGGAGACAUUUGGAGAGUGUCCCGAGGGGGCGGACGAGGAGACAGUUAGGCGCUUUGUCCGUGCCUACAUGAUGAUGUUACUGGGCAUGCAGCUGUUUGCCGAUAAGUCCGGCAAUCGUAUACACAUCAGAUGGCUACCAUAUGUCGCUCGGCUUGAGGAGAUGGGUGGCUACAGUUGGGGGUCGGUGGCACUAGCGUGGUUGUACCGGUGCAUGUGCCGGGUCGCCAAUAGACAUGUCGUGAAGUUAGCUGGGCCUUUACAGUUAUUGCAGUCUUGGAUCUUCUGGAGGUUUCCUACUUUUAGGCCUACUGGGCAUGAUGCGUUUAGCUGGCCCCUUGCCUCGAGGUACCGAUAUUGUUUUGUAUUAUGUAUGCCUGUUGUAUAUAUUUUCGAUUAUGCAAGCAGUUUCAUGCAUUGUAUAGUGACUCAUGAUUGCAAUAAAAUGUUUAACUUCUUACACAGAUGGUCUGGUUACAAUCCUGGGAUUAGCAACAAGGGACCCCGCGUACAGAUGGCUCGCCUGAAGAUCGACUUGUUACAGCCUCGGGAUUUCAUAUGGAUGCCCUAUAGCGCACUCGACGUCAUCCAGGUUGUCCAUCCGGAGGUCUUGGAGCCUCGGCAUACGAUGUUAUGGCGGUGUGUGACGUCCCUGAUUUACUUUGCGGUGGUCGAGUGGCAUCAGGUUAAUAGAGUGUUACCGCAAUUUGGUGGCGUUCAGCCCCCACCGCGACCCGCCCUGAACAUCGACUUCUUGAUGUCGAAGGACGGGAGAGGAGGUGACCGUUGGUUCCCGUCGCACUUACCUGACUGGCAUCUUCACUGGCAGGAGCGUGCGGAUCACAUUUUACAGUUCGACAUCGUGCCCGAUCCCGGCCCCUCCCAUGAGUUCUUGUCAUGGUGGCAUCAGCACGGAAAGAGGUUCCUUUCACCGGAGAUGCUCUUGGGGGAUCCGAGAGGUAUUCCUAUUCCGGAGGAGGCUACGCAGAGGGGUGCAGGCCGAGUUCCAGAGAUGGAUCGAGUCGAUGAUGUUCCUGACAGACGUCGUAUUGAGAGGAGAGCCCGAGUCGGGACACGUUGUAGCCAGCGUGAGGUAGAUUGGUUGGAGCAAGCUAUGGAUGACGGUGACGACGCAGGGGGGGCAUGA